CCAAACACCCCCAGAGUGUAUACUAGUCUAGCACCAAAGCGACCGAGCCGCGGAUUUCACCCCUGCCUUUCCUUCACCCCGUGUCCAGGCCCUGGUGCCCGCGCGUUCCCGUGCGGCAACUGGCCGCCGCCGCCGCACUACGCCAGGUGCCCAAUUCCUCGUCGGGUCCUCCGCCGGCGACGAGCACCCACCAGAAAACUGGAGUGGACUCUACAUGUCAAGACAGUAUGGCGCCAGGAAGCAAGGCGGAGAGGAAAGCAGCACUAGACGCUGGCGCAUGGAUGUUCAAUGUCGUCACAUCCGUUGGUAUCAUCAUGGUCAACAAAGCCUUAAUGGCGACGCAUGGUUUUAGUUUCGCUACAACGUUGACCGGACUUCAUUUCGCGAUGACGACCUUGAUGACAUUAGUAAUGAAAUGGCUGGGAUAUAUUCAGCCGUCCUAUCUACCGUUACCUGAACUAGUAAAAUUCGCCUUUUUUGCGAACCUGUCUAUUGUUGGGAUGAAUGUAAGCUUGAUGUGGAACUCUGUUGGAUUCUAUCAGAUCGCAAAGCUGUGUAUCAUUCCAGUCUUAUGCAUUCUGGAAAUCAUGUUCGACAAAGUCCGUUACUCUAGAGAUACAAAGCUCAGUAUAGUGCUUGUCCUUGUAGGUGUUGCUGUAUGCACAGUCACUGAUGUUAGUGUGAACUCUCAAGGGUUACUAGCUGCAGUAAUAGCUGUUUGGAGCACAGCACUACAGCAGCAUUAUGUUCACCACCUUCAAUGGAAGUACUCGCUUGGCUCAUUCAACCUCUUAGGCCAUACUGCUCCAGCCCAGGCAGCAUCGUUGUUAGUAUUGGGUCCUUUUGUGGACUUCUGGCUGACCAACAAAAGAGUCGAUGCUUUUAACUACACAUCAAUAGUUACGUUCUUUAUCGUGUUGUCGUGCAUAAUUGCUGUCGGGACCAACCUAAGCCAGUUCAUAUGCAUCGGAAGAUUCACGGCCGUCUCGUUCCAAGUCCUAGGUCACAUGAAGACGGUUCUCGUGUUGACCCUGGGGUUCUUUUUCUUUGGGAAAGAGGGUCUCAAUUUCCACGUCGCCCUUGGCAUGUUUCUGGCAGUGAUCGGCAUGAUCUGGUAUGGGAAUGCCUCCUCGAAACCUGGAGGCAAAGAGCGCCAGGUUUACUCCACACCGAGUGAGAAAACUCAGAAGCAUGGGGUGCUGUCAUCCCAAUCCGAGCUUGAUCAGAAGGUCUGAAAUGAGCAGGGGCGGACCCACAGGGGGGUCCGGGUGGGCCCUGGCACACCCUAAGCCAGGCCCACUGGGGACCCCACCCGCCGAGCGCCGAAGCCCCAAGGUUGUUUCAACUUCUCCAAUCCUUCAGCACGACUGCGGCUGUUCGCCUGUUCCUAGCGGCUGGAGACAUGGCUGGCUGGCUUUCUGGCGAAGGCGAAGUGGCGAGUGCGCGCUGUGCGGCUGUCCGCCAGACGCCAGUCGCCGACUCAGCCAGACGCCGCCACUGCGGCACAUGGAUCCAGAUCUUAGCAGUAGUAGCUUCCCUUUCCGCUGCUGAUUACCUGCUAGCUCCAAAAGCGAUUUUCUCUCAAGCUAAAUUCAGUGGUUCUAUCUCUACCACUCAAAUUAUAUAAUAUGUCAAUGUUUUUUCUCUCAUGGCCUUGUUGCCCCUCUUCCUUGAACCCAACAAAAAACCAACGAAUUUUAUUGAUUGUUUAGAAUUUUAUUGAUCUGCCUGCUGGUUUUAGAAUUUAGGAUUUUUGUCUUAUUGAUUGUUGAUUUACUACCAUUAUUUUUGUAGUGACUAAAAUAUGAAGAAGCAGGGAAAUAUUGUCUCUAUUUUUCGU